UAAAAAGAUGUUCAACGCUCCUCUCUCUCCGUCCCCCUAAAUAGUCAAAUUGAUAGGCUCAAAGGAAAGAAAACCAUAUUUGGGUUCAUCUGGUACAUUUCCGCUCUUCCUAUUUCUCCCCCAGAAAACGACGUCUACGCGUUCAGAGGGCAGAGAGAGAAACAUGUCGUCGGCAACGAGGAAGGUGAUCUUGAAGGCCUCCGACGACGUUGUCUUUGAGAUCGACGAAGCGGUGGCCUUCCAGUCGGAGAUAAUUAAGUUCGCAAUCGAGGAUUGCAACGACAAUUACAUCCGGUUGCCCAACGUGACGAGCAAGAUUUUGGAGAAGGUGAUCGAUUAUUGCAAGAAGCACCUCGAGGCUGAAGAGUCUCCUUAUCAGCAGGCCCGGGACGACCUGAAGGCUUUUGAUGCCGAAUUUCUCAAAGUAGAUCAGGCCACGCUGUUUGAUCUUAUUCUGGCAGCAAAUUGUCUAAACAUCAAGAGCUUGUUGGACCUGACCUGCGGUGCAAUUCAGGACAUGAUCAAGGGAAAAACCCCUCAAGAAAUAUUAAAAACAUUCAACAUUAAAAACGAGUUUACCCCAGAGGAGGAAGAGGAAGUCCGCAGGGAGAACCAAUGGGCUUUUUGAGUGAAAGAUCUAAAUAAUUAAUGCGAUACGAUUUCACGUUAAUUUGUGUCUUAAACUAAUUUAAUUACGUUUGAGAAUGCUUGUUUGUGUCUUCCAUCCCUGAACUUUACAUUUUGUAGUCUCUUGUCAAUAUGUGGAGUCCAAGACUCAACUGUUGUGCUUUGUAUGAGUGUGUGUGGUCUUCAUCCAUACAGAACUUUGCUAAGAAUGGUGAGUGUAGUCCUUGUUGAGAAAUUUCAAAUUCUGUUCUUUUAAGAAAUAUGGUUAAAAUUCCCUUUUUGUUUUA